CACAUGUUUUCAUAUAAAUAUGAAAUAAAAAUAUUGUUAAAACUAUUAAUUGUUUAUAAUUAUAGAAUAAAUCAAUUAAGUUAUGAUUAAAUACAAUCGUAUUUUAAAUAAGUUAUUUGUCGACACAUUUCGGCCAAGAAUAUGCCGACGAUUGGCCUCAUCGUCAUCGAGGCCUCAAUUAAAAAGUGGACCCGAUUUACAACAUUUUUUGGCCACUUCUCAAACCAAUUCAAUUCUCGACCCAUUUGUUGUGACCAGAAAUUUGCCGAUUCCUUAUAUCAACGAAAAUGAUUUGAAUGGUAACGGAGCCAAAGUUUUCAUCCGCACUUACGGCUGUCAGAUGAAUGUCAACGACACUCAAAUCACAUCAACAGUUCUCAAGAACUCAGGCUAUGAAUUAGUGGACGAUAUAAAUGAUGCUGAAAUCGUAUUUCUGAUGACUUGUGCCAUCAGAGAGAACGCCGAGACAAAGGUGUGGAACAAAUUGAAAGAGUUGUCACUUUUGAAGAUUAACGGAAAGAUCAAACAAAUUGGUCUUUUGGGAUGUAUUGCCGAACGAUUAAAAACUGAAAUACUUGUAAAACAUCAAUUAAUUGACAUUAUUGCCGGACCCGACAGUUAUCGUGAUUUACCGAAACUAUUGGCCAUCAAUAGGAUGACCGGUCAGAAUGCUGUCAAUGUGUUGCUAUCAUUUGAUGAAACCUAUUCCGAUAUAAUGCCAACAAUUAGUAAAUCUUCAGUCACUGCUUUUGUAUCAAUUAUGAGAGGAUGUGAUAAUAUGUGCUCCUAUUGUAUCGUUCCCUUUACAAGAGGUAGAGAGAGGUCUCGAGCUAUUGAGUCGAUUGUUAAUGAAGUGAAACAACUCUCUAAUUCUGGUGUCAAAGAAGUUACUCUUUUAGGGCAAAAUGUUAACAGUUAUCGAGAUUUGUCUCAUGAAUCAAAUAAUACGAGUAUCUCAUUAGUUCCCGGCUUUAAGACUGUAUAUAAACCUCGUUUACGUGGAUUUACAUUUGAUAUAUUACUCGAUGAGGUGGCAAAAGUUGAUCCAAAUAUGCGAAUCAGAUUUACAUCUCCACAUCCUAAAGAUUUUGCAGAUGAAGUGCUUCAUGUAAUCCGAAAACAUAAUAAUAUCUGCAAUUGUAUUCACUUACCCGUACAAAGUGGUAGUAAUCAAGUAUUGGCUCGUAUGAGACGCGGAUAUACUCGUGAGGCAUAUCUAGCAUUAGUUGAUCGCAUCCGUCAACUAAUACCUGACUGUGCCCUCUCUAGUGAUUUCAUUUGUGGCUUCUGUGGUGAAACAGAUGACGACCACAAACUAACUGUUGAUAUAAUGCAAAAAGUAAGAUAUAUGUCUGCCUUUACUUUUGCAUAUAGUAUGCGUCAAAGGACUCAUGCCUUUCAUAAACUAUCAGAUGAUGUCUCCAGUGAUGUCAAAAUUCAAAGAGUCAAUCAAAUCAGUCAAUUGUAUAGAGAUAUCGCUCUUGAAAUUAAUAAAUCAUUUAUAGGUAAACAACAGUUAAUUUUAAUUGAAAAUGUGAGCAAAAAGAGUGAUAACUAUCUCUACGGUCGUAAUGAAGCAAAUCUUAAGGUAAUUGUCCCUAAAGUAGUGAUUCCUGUGGUCGACCAAAACCAGAGUAGUCUUAAACUAAUAGAAGCGGGAGAUUAUGUCAGAGUAGACAUACAAGACUGUACUGCCAUUACAUUAAUGGCUAAACCUAUUUGUCAUCAAAAAUUGUCUCAUUUGCCAUAG